CACACCCUGCCUCUGUCUAGGAGUAUUUUUCCAGAAACGUUUAACUGAGGAGAGAAGGAUUUACCCAGAAUGUGGGCAGCACCAUCGCUAAGGGCUGUGGUUUUAGACUGAAUAAGAAAGAAAAGAUCUAACAUAAGGCCAGACUAUGCAGACUCCAAUUGCCAUGACUUCAAGAUGCACACCUUCACUCGGGUGACAUCCUGCAGAGUCUGCCAGAUGCUCCUGAGGGGAACAUUUUAUCAAGGCUAUUUAUGUUUCAAGUGUGGAGCAAAGGCACACAAAGAAUGUUUGGGAAGAGUAGACAAUUGUGGCAGAGUUAAUUCUGUUGAACAAGGGCCAUUCAAGCCACCAGAGAAAAGGACCAAUGGACUCCGUCGAGCUCCCAGACAGGUGGACCCAGGUUUGCCAAAGAUGCAGGUCAUUAGGAACUACACUGGGACCCCACCCCCAGCUCUUCACGAAGGACCACCAUUGCAUAUCCAGGCAGGAGACACUGUUGAACUUCUGAGAGGAGAUGCACACAGUGCAUUUUGGCAGGGACGAAAUUUAGCUUCAGGAGAGGUUGGAUUUUUCCCAAGUGAUGCUGUAAAACCAUCUCCAUGUGUACCUAAACCAGUAGAUUAUUCUUGCCAGCCCUGGUAUGCCGGACCAAUGGAAAGAUUGCAGGCAGAAACUGAGCUUAUUAACAGGGUGAAUAGUACUUACCUCGUGAGGCACAGGACCAAGGAGUCUGGAGAAUAUGCAAUUAGCAUUAAGUACAAUAAUGAAGCAAAACACAUCAAGAUUUUAACAAGAGAUGGCUUUUUUCACAUUGCAGAAAAUAGAAAAUUUAAAAGCUUAAUGGAACUUGUGGAGUACUACAAGCACCAUUCUCUUAAAGAAGGGUUCAGGACCUUAGACACGACGCUACAGUUUCCUUACAAGGAGCCAGAACGUUCAGCCGGACUGAGGGGUAAUAGAGCAGGCAACAGCUUGCUAAGUCCCAAGGUACUGGGCAUUGCCAUCGCCCGGUAUGACUUCUGUGCAAGAGAUAUGCGGGAGCUCUCCUUAUUGAAAGGGGACAUGGUGAAGAUUUACACAAAGAUGAGUGCAAAUGGCUGGUGGAGAGGAGAAGUAAAUGGCAGGGUGGGCUGGUUUCCAUCCACAUAUGUGGAAGAGGAUGAGUAAAGUUGAGUCCAGCAUUGCACCCUGCACCAAAAUCUCAAAGAAGGGAUAAUCAGAAGCCUGAACUUCGUUAUGAGUUCACUGAAGAGUUUAGAAAGCAGAAUUUCUGGCUGAUUUCUGGCUGUUCAACAGCCCCCUUCUCUCUUCUCUCUCUCUCUCUCUCUCUCUCUCUCUCUCUCUCU